GACUCAGCGCCCGCAGUCCCGGCGCAGCGCGCCGACCGCAAGCUGGCAGGUCUUGGGUCUGAGAUUGCCGGCUGACUAUGGGCACAACGGCCAGCACCGCCCAGCAGACGGUCUCAGCCAGUGCCCCCUUCGAGGGCCUCCAGGGCAGCAGCACGAUGGAUGGGCGGCACUCACUCAGUGUGCACUCCUUCCAGAGCACGGGCUUGCACAACAGCAAGGCCAAGUCCAUCAUCCCCAACAAGGUGGCCCCCGUCGUGAUCACGUACAACUGCAAGGAGGAGUUCCAGAUCCAUGAUGAGUUGCUCAAGGCCCAUUACACGCUGGGCCGGCUCUCGGAUGCCACCCCUGAGCACUACCUGGUGCAGGGACGCUACUUCCUGGUGCGGGAUGUGGCCGAGAAGAUGGACCUGCUGGGCACCGUGCGGAGCUGUGGGGCCCCCAACUUCCGGCCAGUGCGGGGCGGGCUCGCCGUGUUUGGCAUGGGGCAGCCCAGCCUCUCGGGGUUCAAGCAGGUCCUCCAGAAACUCCAGAAGGACGGACACAAGGAGUGCAUCGUGUUCUGUGUGCGAGAGGAGCCCGUGCUGUUUCUGCGUGCUGGUGAGGACUUCGUGCCCUACACGCCUCGAGACAAGCAGAGCCUUCACGAGAACCUCCAGGGCCUCGGACCUGGGGUCCAGGUGGAGAGCUUAGAGCUUGCCAUCCGAAAAGAGAUCCAUGACUUUGCCCAGCUGAGCGGGAACACGUACCACGUGUACCACAACGUCGAGGACCUGCGGGGCGAGCCCCACGCCGUGGCCAUCCGGGGCGAGGACGACGUGCAUGUGACCGAGGGGGUGUAUAAGCGGCCCCUGUUCUUGCAGCCCACGUACAGGUACCACCGCCUGCCCCUGCCAGAGCAGGGGGCUCCCCUGGAAGCCCAGUUUGAUGCCUUUGUCAGUGUCAUCCGGGAGACCCCCAGCCUGCUGCUGCUCCGAGGUGCCCACGGGCCUCCGCCUGCUCUCCUCUUCAGCUGUCAGACAGGCGUGGGCAGGACCAACCUGGGCAUGGUCCUGGGUACUCUCGUCCUGUUCCACCACAGUGGGAUUACCUCCAGGCCAGAGGCCGGCCCUGCGAAGACCAAGCCUCUGCCCAUGGAGCAGCUCCAGGUGAUCCAGAGCUUCCUGCACAUGGUGCCCCAGGGAAGGAAGAUGGUGGAGGAGGUGGACAGAGCCAUCACUGCCUGUGCUGAGUUGCAUGACCUGAAGGAAGUAGUCUUGGAAACCCAGAGGAAGCUGGACCGUGUGCGGCCGGAGAGCCCAGCCCAGGGAAGCAGCAGCCAGCACAGUGUCCGGCAGAGGGCGCUGCGGGGCCUGGAGCGAUACUUCUACCUGGUCCUGUUUAACUACUAUCUUCAUGAGCAGUACCUGCUGGCCUUUGCCCUCAGUUUCAGUCGCUGGCUGUGUGCCCACCCUGAGCUGUACCGCCUGCCUGUGACACUGAGCUCAGCAGGGCCUGUGGCCCCGGGGGACCUCAUCGCCAAGGGCUCCCUGGGGGCGGAUGAUCUCAUCUCCCCAGACGCACUCAGCACCAUCAGGGAGAUGGACGUGGCCAACUUCCGGCGGGUGUCCCGAAUGCCCAUCUAUGGCACAGCCCAGCCCAGCGCCAAGGCCCUGGGGAGUAUCCUGGCCUACCUGACUGAUGCCAAGAGGAAGCUGCGGCAGAUCGUUUGGGUCAACCUGAGGGAGGAGGCUGUGCUGGAAUGUGAUGGGCACACCCACAGCCUGCGGCGGCCUGGGCCCCCCCUGACCACUGACCAACUGGAGAGCCUGGAGACCCAGCUGAAGGCCCACCUGAGUGUGCCUCCCCCAGGCGCAGAGGGCCCCCGGACCCAGACGUGCCUCACCAUGCAGGAGGUCUUCAGCCAGCACCGAAGUGCCUGCCCCGGCCUCACCUACCACCGCAUCCCCAUGCCAGACUUCUGUGCCCCUCGCGAGGAGGAUUUUGACCGGCUGCUUGAGGUCCUGCGGGCUGCCCUCGCCAAGGACUUGGGCACCGGCUUCGUGUUCAGCUGCCUCAGUGGCCAGGGCCGGACCACGACGGCCAUGGUGCUGGCUGUGCUCACCUUCUGGCACAUCCGAGGCUUCCCGGAGGUGGUCGAGGAGGAACUCGUGAGUGUGCCUGAUGCCAAGUUCACCAAGGGGGAGUUCGAGGUGGUGAUGAAGGUGGUGCAGCUGCUGCCUGAAGGGCACUGCGUGAAGAAGGAGGUGGACGCAGCGCUGGACACAGUCAGUGAGACCAUGACGCCCAUGCACUACCACCUGCGGGAAAUCAUUAUCUGCACCUACCGCCAGGUAAAAGCAGCCAAAUCGGAGCAGGAGGCCCGGAGGCUGCAGCUGCGGAGCCUGCAGUACCUGGAACGCUACGUGUACCUGGUGCUCUUCAACGCUUACCUCCACCUGGAGAAGGCCGACUCCUGGCAGAGGCCUUUCAGCACCUGGAUGCGGGAGGUGGCGUCGAAGGCCGGAGUCUACGAGAUCCUCAACCGGCUGGGCUUCCCCGAGCUCGAGAGUGUGGAGGACCAGCCCUUCUCAAGGCUGCGCAGCCGGUGGCAGGAGCAGAGCCACAGCCUGGAGCCCCUCGCUGCCGGGGACUUCCUGUAGGAGGCUUCCCCUGCGCGUCCCCUCCCGCACGGCCCCACGGGGGCUGGGGGGUCUGAGGUGCUCUUCGCCGAAGGGGCCCCGAGCUGAUAGUUCCCCAGCUUCCCAGAGAGACUGGGACUGGGUUGGGACCUCUUUUUUGAAAGAGCUUUUUAUAGGACAGUUAGCACCCAGUCAUACCUUGUAAAUGACAGGCGUGGGAACAGCCGCGGGGAGGGCCCGGUGUGGACGCCUUGCAGACGGGUGGCGUCAGCCCUCCAAGGAGCUCGCUCCUCAGGUUGCCAAUCAAAGCUACUUGUCACCUCCACUGCCACCUCUCCUCCCUGUCAGAGCAGGUCUGACCACCCUGGCACAAAGCAUCCGGCCAGCGUCGCUUUCCGUUUCCUCCUCUUUCCGUCCUUCCCUGCUCUCCUCCGUGGCUUCUCCCCUGCAGCGCCUGAGCGCCCCCCGGCCCUGGGGAGCAGACCGCACUCUGGGUGACUUCAAAGGCAGCUUUACCUAGUUUCCUUGC